AUGUCUGGUCUCGAGCACAAACCGUCCGCUCGGUACCGACCGGUCGACUGGUUCCGCCACAACACCCAUCUGGCUGAGGUGACUCGCACACAACUGGACGCUGGCCACGGGGCGCGCCAGAGCGCUGGAAGGGCGGUUAAUGAGGCGGCCAUACGCACGGCCUGGGACCAGCACCACUCCUGUACUCGGCUGCGGGACAGGCUGAGUGAGGUCGAGCACUGGAAGCUGCACCUGGAGCAGUCAGUAGCCGCUGUCGAUGACGAGAUGGCCGCCCUCUGGCGCGCCAAAACCGCCGCUGAGGACGAGCGGGAGGCGCGCCAUUUCGACCUGGAGACCGCUCAGGCGGCUCUGGCGCAGCGCGAGGGACGCCUGAGACUCGAGGUGGUCAGAGACGAUGUGGAGGAGACGCUCAAACAGGAGGUGGACGCGGUGUCCGAGUUCCGCGCACACCUGCAGCGGCGCGCCGAGCAGAGUUUCGAACAGCUCUGUCGGCUGGCCGACGCCCGCCAGGCCCUGCUGGACGACAUCGCCGCCAAACAGGGAGCCCUGCACGUGGACCUGUCCAGCCUGGCGCUGACCACCGAGAGCGCCGAGAUCGGCUUCAAACCGGACCCACUGCGCGUGCCCCGCGACUCGGUGACGGUGCCGCGCUGGGAGGACAGCUGCCGGGAGAAGCUGGCAGCUGCCGACUACCAGCUGCAGCAGUCGCGCCAGCUGCGGGCCGCUGACGCCGACACGGUGGUGCGCGGUCAGAACCGGCUGGAGGGCUGUCACGCGGCGGUUCAGUUCGCGGCGCGGCGCCGACAGCACGAGCUGCAACAGGCGCACGACGAGCUGCAGUGGCAGCGGGGACAGGUAUCUGACGAACUAGCCGAGACGGAGCACGAAAUCAGUCGGGUGGAGGCGGCGCUGCGGGACAAGGACCCGUACCGGCGGCUGGCAGAGACGCGACUGGAGCGUCGGACCGAGCGGCCGCUGACGGAGCGGGUGUACGACCCGCCGUGGAGCGCCCUGAGAGCCGAGACCACCGCCGUCCAGGAGACCCAGGGUGAGUUACGUCAGCAGCUGUCGCAGCUGUGGGAGACGGCCCACCGUCUGCGCCGUCACCUGGCCAGACUGGACGACAACAUCGCGGGAAAGGCGGCGGCACUGGGCGUGGAGCGCGCCUGUGCAGAGACGCACGGCCGCAGCCGGCCGCCGCCGCUGGUUCGGACCAGGUCCCACCUGGAUAAGGUACUGCUGCUAAAGCCUGAGACGGUCACCCACGACCGAGCUGCCACCUACCAGGUCACUCCCGAACUGCUGCCGGGCAAACUGACGUCACAGGAGUGCACCUACGGCUGCGGCUGCAGGGGCACCGAACAGUGACGUAAUACCGGGCAGAAGGACGUCACAGGAGUGCACCUACGGCUGCGGCUGCAGGGGCACCGAGCAGUGACGUCAUAACGGACAAACGAACGUCGCAAGAGCUCUCCACCGGUGUGCACAUCGUCAGCAGUUACACUGAGUGCCGAGUGCGAAGACGUUCGCUGUGUUGUUUGUACCAGUCGCUGUGCUACUGUUCCUGAUUCGUUGGUAUCUACCCUUUUGAGUUGCUUUCCAGCCGCUGAUCAAUGCGAGCUCAAGUAAAGGCAGUUUUGAGUGUGAGAGUAAGAAUUGAAUGACUAUCGGAGCAAUGUUGCCACGCAAUCUUCCAGCGUGCGUAUCACAAUGAACCAUUUCCUCUCAGUUGGCUAAAACGCGCGUCCUAAGACAAAUGCAGCACGAGUUAGCGAGUUAACUGGAUAAUAGGGUUGGUGACAGCAGCGGCACUGCCAUAUCCACGCACGGAUAAUGCCAUGUGUGUUGUGAGCCUAUGUAGAACAUUUAUGUUGCUAUGACGUACGGUAGAGGGGUAAGGCGUGUUACCUGUAGCUGAUGCCUGCCUCACCUCUGCUGGUUGAUCCGUAUAAAAGCAUGCACUGGUUGAUUGCAAUCAUGUACGAGCGAUCCAUGGAAGUUAGCCAAGAAGCCUCCGCAAAAUGAACCUAGUCCCAGUUAACCAAGCAUCAUCCCUAGGUCU